AUGAAGGUCUUCAUCCUCGUAUUGAUGUUAACCCUUGUGGAACCUGGUUUUAGUCCAAACAAAUGUUACACAUAUAAAUAUGAACUGGAGCAACUGACUGGGGUUCCAUCAAGAUGGCUUUCAAGUGCUGGAAUAAAACUUGGAUGCAAAGUAGACAUCUGUGGUGUUAGUCCAGGAGUUUAUCGUAUUCAGAUGUACUCUGUCGAGGUAUUUGAAUACAACAGCAACUCUCCUGGACCUGAACUCCACUUCAUUCCAUCACCCAAACUGACAAAGUCAAUAGCAGCAAAGAUCGAAAACAAGGUUGUUGCAUUUCAGCACAAAAAUGGGCGUGUUGGAAAGUUCAUGGCUCCUGCUGACUACUCAGUUGAUGGUCUUAAUGUCCACAAAGGAGUUGUGGGUAUCUUUCAACUCUCCGUAAAAGAUAAACAGUCUGGAUAUACUCUACAAGAGGCUGGUACUGGAGGUAUUUGCAACACAACAUAUGUUAUUGAAGAAACCAACAAAGCAAACCAAAUGAAAGUGAUGAAAGCCAAGAAUUUAAAUGACUGUCUGAUAAAAGUGGAAAAACUUGUUGGUGCUAUGCAUGUUACUCCAUGCAAGGAAUGCAAAGAGAGAAACAAAAAUUCUCAAGGUACCAUUACAUCUAGCUACUAUAUCAAACCUACACAAGAGGAAGCUGUAGUUGAGCAAGCAUAUGUUAUGGAAAUCCAUCAGUUCACACCAUUUAAUGAGAAAGACGGAGGACGUAUCCUAAUGCAGGCCAGCCAAAAACUUGAGUUGAUCAAAGUGGAGGAACGCAGGCCAGAAGAGCUUCCAGCUAACCUCAAGGAUUCCGGGACACUUGCAGUCCAUUUUAGCGAUGAAUCACAGCAACGUUCCACUCCUGUCAAGCAACUUGAACACCAGAUUGUGGAUGACAUGCAAUAUCUGGCAGAGCAUACCCAUGAAAAGAUUUCCAGUGACUGUACAAAGAAAUUCCAGCAGCUUGUCCAACUUAUGCACAAAGCAAAUUAUGAACUUUAUGACUCAGUAUAUAGAAGGUGCUCCCAGCCAUCGUGCAGGCGCAUUUUUUGGGAUGUAGCUGCUUCUGCUGAUAACCCCCAAGCAAUUCGAUUCCUAAAACACAAGUUUGAACAGAAAGAAAUCUCCAACUUUGAAGCAGCACAGGCAGUGCUCAUAAGCUUUCAUUACAGCAGCCCAUCUCUUGAAUUUAUAGAAGAAGCUAAGCUCCUCGUGAGAGUGGUUCAUAAACACCCACAUACCUUCCUUUUCAAAACUGCCUUGCUUGCCUAUGCAUCACUGUGCCAGAAAUACUGUACUGCCUUAAAUAUCUGUCCUGAAUCAGUUCUCCAGCCCGUGAAUGAGUUUGCAACUGAAGUGUUAAGCAAUCCAGAUGAUGAAAAUAUUGUCCUGCUUCUGCGAACAUAUGCAAAUCUGCAACACCGAUCUGUCUUAAAAACCUUCAUGAAGUUCAUGCCAGGGUUUGCAACUUCAGAUUUCUCACUCCGAGUUCGGCAUACCGCUCUGCUGUGCCUAAAAAGUUUUGCCAAGAAAGACCCUGCAUGGGUAAGAAGUAUUAGUAUGCAAGUAUUCCUAAACUACAAGCUUCAUUAUUCAGACCGAAUACUUGCUGUCAUGAGUCUGCUUUCAGCCAAACCAAGUCUUCCUACUUUAACGAUUUUGGCUAAAGCCAUGUUCAAAGAACCCAGCACACAAGUGGAAUGGUUUUUCAUCUGUUACAUGAGGGUGCUGGCCAGCAGCACAGCUCCAGAUCUACAAGCAGUGGCUUCUGCCAGCAGAAUGGCUCUAAAUAUAGUGAGCUCCAAAUAUGAACGGCCUAAGUAUCAAGAUGGCAGAUUUUUCAUGUUAAGCUUUUUCAAAGAGUCUCUUAUGGCUGGUAUGAAAACUGAAGUUUUCAUCCUAAAUAAUCCAGGAAGCAUCAUCCCAAGAUUUGUAUCAACCAGAUUUGAGACAAACAUCCUUGGAAAUCGGUUUUCUCCUUUGGAGGUGGGUAUAGGAAUUCAAAAUCUUCCGGAAAUCUUAGGAAGAAGGAAACAUGAACCUGACAGUGAUAAUGACAGCUCUGUCGAUGCAAGGAAGCUUCUGAAAAUGCAGUCUGACCAGAAAGUGAUGCCCCGUGAAGAAUCUCAUGUAGGAGGAUAUUUGCAAGUGUUUGACCAGAACGUCUUUGCUGGAACAAUGGAUUUGAAGACAGUCAUGGAAGUAUACCAGGUGCCUCUUUUGACAAUGGUCAAUCUAUCAUUGCAGGGACUCUACAGACAAGAAGACAGCAUCCCUUGGGUAACUAAGCUUGUAGAUGACCUUCAAAGAGGUGCUGUCAUUCAGUGGAUGAAGGCUCUUACUUCUGUUGAUGCCAGUUAUGCUGUGCCUACAUGUACCGGCUUAAUCUUGGAAAGAAGCUUAAGUCAUGUCUCUAUCACAAAAUUGGCAGGAAAUGCUCAAGCCUGGUUUACUCCUGAGCUACCACCAGAUCCUAAACUGUACAACAUAAUUAAUGCCAACAUUAGACUGAAAACCAAGUUGGCUUUCAGCAUAGACAAGCGCAUGAUCUUCAGGAUGGGAAUCCGAAACUCUCUGCUUCAGGCUGGAUUGGAAGAAUAUGUCAAAUUGACUGUAGAUCUCCCUAUCAAAGCUGCUGUUACUGUGGACAUUAAUAAAAGAAGUUACCAACUUGAAAUUCCCCCAUGCAAAGAGGAAAUUGAUAUCAUUUCUGCAAGCUCUGCAACAUAUGCUGUCAUUGGUAGUGUUGAAGAGGAACUUGCUCCUAAGUCAACUCCUGUUCUUCUCCCUGAGGCAUGGCCUAUAAUAAUAAAGCAGUCUUUUGAUUCAGAUUCUUCAUCAGAGGAAAGUUAUCAACAAAAGGGAAGACCAUAUUCAGAAGACAACUCAGCAAAAAAAACCUAUUCGGCAGGACAGUCUGCCCAUCACUUGCCUCCAGUUCGUCAGCUUCUGUGUCUUGAUGCAAAUACAUUUGGGUCUAAGACUUGCAUUAAAUAUUCAGGUGUACACGCUGGACUUAUCGAAGAUGUCCCUCUAAACUACUUUGUAGGUCAACACAAUAUUACAUGGACCUUUUAUCCAGUUCAAUCAGGUCCACCAAUUGAAAAGAUACAAGUCACAGUUCAACUGGGAGAUGAGGCUGCUGCACAGAUGGUGCGUUCAGUGAGAUAUGGAGAUGAAAAAACAGGUUCAAGGAAGCAAAAGACAAGUCAAAGCUCCAAGGAAGAGUCUAGGUCCAGUAGCAAGAGCAGCAGUGAAGAAGAUGAGAAUGAUAAUGAAAGUUCUGAGGAUAAGACUUCAUCUCAUGAUCAUUUCAGCAGUAGUGAAGCUGCAAGGGGAAAUUGUGGCACAAAACAUUCAAAAAGACCAAAGCAAACACAAAGUAGUAGCAGCAGCAGCAGCAGCAGCAGCCAGUACAGUGAUAGAAGCAGAAAUAAUACCAGCAGCCAUGAGAGAAGCAGUAGAAGCAGCAGUAACAGAGACAACAGAAGUGAGGUGCAACAGGAAGGAAGGAAGAAGAACAGGAAACAUGACAGCAGUAAAAGUGUCAACAGUCAUCAGGACGAAAAAAGACAAUUAAAGAGACCAGUCAGCAAAUCUGGUAAAACAUCUAGCAACAGAGCUCCAAAAUAUAGUGAUGACUUCUAUGAUAUGAGUGAGGCUCAGGAAGAACAAAGGAGAUCAUUAUCUUCCUCUGAAAGCCGCCACUCUAGCAAGAGUGCUGAUUCAGAUUCUGAAGACAGCAGCAGCAGCAGCAGCAAUUCGAGCUCAUCAGAGGAGCGUGAGGCUCAGGAAGAACAAAGGAGAUCAUUAUCUUCCUCUGAAAGCCGCCACUCUAGCAAGAGUGCUGAUUCAGAUUCUGAAGACAGCAGCAGCAGCAGCAGCAGCAAUUCGAGCUCAUCGGAGGAGGUUUAUUUCCUGGGAGAUACAAUUCCACCUAAUGCCAUUAUUAAAGUUCAGGCAGUUAGGAGUGACAAUGAAAAACAAGGCAUCCAAGCUACCGUAUAUGUCAAGAGCGAAGUUAACAAACUUGAUGUGCAAUUGCUUAUGGUUGAGCUUGCUCAUACUAAGUGGAAUAUGCAUCUGGAUGUUGAUGUUUGCCCUUACAAAGCCAAGGCCACUCUGCGCAUGGGCAACCAGGGACAGGAGAAAAUACUUUACAUGAAAGUUUCUAAAGGCCAUCUUGGAAGAAAACCUGCCAUCCAAAUGAAGAUGAAGUCCAAAAAGCUGCCGCUCAUCCUAAGGAAACCAGCUUCCAAGGCUAUGGAACUCAUUCCUGGUCUAGCAUUCGCAUUGGGCUUUACCAGCGUCUACCAGAAGAAUCCUUCUGACGAGCUUGUGCUAAGAAUUGCUGCAUCAUCUCAACAAUCAGUUUUUGUAGACUGUAAAGUUCCCGGGGAAACUUUUUAUAAGGAAAGUCUUACUGUUCUACCAUGGAUUUCAUCUGUUGUCCUACCUCAGCAUUAUCCAAGUCAAGAAAUGACUGCCUUCAAUAGUGCUUCAGAAAUUGCUUUGCGGUUACGCAGGGCAGAUGAAGCUGUAUGUCAAGUGGAUGAAACAAGCAUCAGAACUUUUGACAACAUGACAUUCAAUGGCACUUUUAAUGAAAACUGCAGAACCCUAAUAGCUCAAGAAUGCACUGAAAAGCCACAAUUCACUAUCCUGACAAGAAAGCCCAAACCAGAUCUUCCAAGAACCGUCUAUGUCCAUGUAGAUUCAAGAAAUAUCACAGUCAUACCUACCUGGAAUUGCUCUCUUCUUGUAUUAUAUAAUGGCAAACCCAUAGAUGGAGAUCUGUAUGAAGAUAACAAAGGGAACGUCAGCAUUUACAGAAAUGAUAGUCUUGUUAUAAUUAAGGCUCCACAUCAAGGCCUAGAGGAUGUGACAUAUGAUUGUGAAACACUGUGGGUUACAGUUUCUUCAUGGAUGAGAAGUAAGACUUGCGGGCUUUGUGGUAACAACGAUGGAGAAAAACGAAAUGAAGGUCACAUGCCAAAUCAUGAGCUGGCAUAUAAUGACACAGCUUUAUUCCAUUCUUGGCUUUUGGAAGACAGUGAUUGUGGUGCAGGUUUAUAUCCAGUCAUGGGAGGUGCUCCUCAACUGGCUUCUCAUUACAGUAUCCUGAGAUGAUUUUUUUUGAAUUCGAGAAGAAAACUGACAGCACAAAGGUUAACAAGAAUAUAAUGGAGAAUGUUAAAACUGCCCCUGUAUGGGAAUACUCCAAACUAACUGUAUA